UUAAAUAGCAUACUUUCUAGAAUAAGUAUGUAUAGACAUAAGUAAAAGUUUUAAGAAAAAGUUUGGAUUCGAAAUUAUUUGUAUAUUGAAAAUUGUAGAGGUAUAGCGUAUAUAAAUAGUAUGGCAUUACCAAAGAGUAAGGAAUGGUCGCGUUCUUUGAUUUGCAGACCCAAGGAUAAUUUGACCACUGAGGCAGGGCUACGUGCUCAGCAUCAUGUCAUGGUGUCAAGCCUGGAGCGAGAGUGUGUACCUGGUACGAUGGCAAUGCUCAUUGGCAUGGAGUAUGCGCGAAUAUGGUUGAAAGAUCGGGAGGCGUUUCAGAAGAAGCGCGACGAUUCGAAGGUUAAGUUCAUUAAGAACGACUUUGAUUGGUGGCUCAAGCUGCGCAAGACUAACAGGUGUUUCUGUUCCAUCUGAAAAGCUGAAUCAUUUAUUCAGCGAAAAAGCUCGCCACUUAUAACGGUAUUAUCAAAGACACACACCAGCUCAAUGCAAGCUUUCGACUAUUAUGUAUAUUCGCAACAUUUUCUUAAGUGGUAGUUACCAUGCCUCGAGUCCGCUGCAUUUAGUUAGUGCGUAUAAAAUUUAUUUAUAUUCAUAGAUCCAUAGAACCAAGCUUACAUACAGAAAUUGGAAGUAAAUAAACGCAUUCUCGUUAA